GUAUGCAGAACCUUUUUUUGUUGCUUGCCCUUGUGGCAGCAGCUCUCGCUGCAGUUGUGCAAGUUCCACUCGUGAAAAUUGAGCCAUACAGAAACCGAUUGAUCCGUGAAGGAAGAUGGGUUCAGUACAGAAAGGAUCGUGAGAUUCGUCGUUUCAUGAUGAACAAGCAAUCAAAUGAUAUGUCUGUUGGACAAUACGUCAACGAUUACGAAGAUGAAGCAUACGUCGGAAACAUCACCAUUGGAACUCCACAACAACAAUUCAAGGUUAUUCUUGAUACUGGAUCAUCCAAUCUUUGGAUCCCAGACAUCACAUGUGGAACUAAGCCAGAAAAUUGCUCAACCGUUCCAGCUUGCCGUGGAAUUAUUUGCCAAUUCGAAUGCGACGACCAAGCUUGCUGUGGAGCUGGAGCGAACUACACCGAUUCUUGCUUCUACCAAAACAAGUUUGACGCUUCCAAAUCUUCCUCAUACAAGACCAAUGGAAGAAACUUCAUUAUUGAGUAUGGAACAGGAUCCGCCAGAGGAUUCCUUGGACAGGACACUAUCACCUUCGGAGGAAUUGGAGAACCACAACUCGCUGUUCCAAACACUGUUUUCGGACAAGCCACCUCACUUGCUGCCUUCUUCGAGGGACAACCUCUUGAUGGAAUCCUUGGACUUGCGUUCAAAUCGAUUGCUGUUGAUCAAAUCACUCCACCAUUCAUCAACGCCAUCAACCAAAACCUUGUUGAUCUUCCACUUUUCACCGUCUUCCUUGAGCAUGAAGGAGAUCAAAACGGAGUUCAAGGAGGAGUCUACACUUAUGGAGGAAUUGAUACAAAGAACUGUGGUCCAGUUAUCGCUUAUCAACCAUUGUCCUCUGCCACUUAUUACCAAUUCAAGAUGAGUGCUAUUGGAUCUGGAAGCUAUCACUCUAGCAAGGGAUGGCAAGUCAUCUCCGACACCGGAACUUCUCUCAUCGGAGGACCAAAGGCCUACGUUUCUGCUAUUGCUGACGCUGUUGGAGCCACAUGGAGAGAUGAUUACGGUGUAUACAUCCUUCCAUGCUCUGCAAAGAUCAACACUCUUGAUAUCACCAUUGGAAACCAAGUAUACAAUAUUGACUCAUCCAACACCAUUAUUCCACUCGGAGAUGGAAGCAACAAUUGCAUCUACGCCAUCUUCCCAUUCAGCAGUGGAGGUUUUGGACCAUCAUGGAUUCUUGGAGAUCCAUUCAUUCGUCAAUAUUGUAACAUCUAUGAUGUUGGAACUCAACGUGUUGGAUUUGCUAAGUCCCUCCAAUCGAAAUAAAUUUUAACGCCGUCAAUAUUAAUAUUAUGUUCAUUAUGCAUAAAUUUGGUCAACAUAUUUUUUGUUUGGAGUGAAAAGUGAAUUGUGAG